AUUUUCUGCAGCAAAGGACUCUGAAGUUUUUGAAGCAAAAUUUUCAAAGGAUAUCAAAGAGAUUCACGCUCAAAUUUUUCAGGUAAAAAAUGGAAUUUUUUAGAGAACUUAGAGAACUUUGGGGUAACUAGGGUAAGGAAGAAGAAGAGGGUGUCAUGUCCAUAAAGCCUAUCGUUAUGAUAGUGCCACCGGAACUGCAAGACUUGCCGAAAACCCUUACACCCGAGAGCAGUGCCAGUUCGAGUGCACAUAAGGGCUCCGGUAGUCAUCACUCUUCGCCCUCUAAAGGGUUGUCCUUAGAAAGGACUCCAAGUGGUGGAGAAGGUGUGGAGGAGGGCGUAAGUAGCCCCUUUCCAGAAACUGUGGACAUGGAUGUGAAUGUGCCCGUGGUUGCAGGUUGGGAAGGCAAGACCAUAAGUGGUAGACUAAACAACCUUCGCAAGGCACCACAAACUUUGGCUGUUGGAUUUAGGUUCAAGGCAAACCUUCAUCAUGAGGUAGUAGAUAGCGCCACCUCCAUAAAAGGAUAUAAAAGACUGGAGGAAAUAGUGAGGAUUUAUGCUGUUAUGUGCGAGGCUAGAGAUACCAGCAAAAGCAAUGGUGUUCAGAUCGCUCUUCUUGUGCCGGUUGAGUACCACUUGAACGAGGUGAGGAUUAGUAACGAUCUGGCUGCUCGCCUCUCUGGGUGGCGCUUAGGUCAUACCUAUAUGAACUAUCCCACACUAAGGCCUGAUGACCUGGAACUUAAAGAUAGAAUAACAGACUAUGUAGGAGCAGAGGGGUUAGUUGAUUUGGAGGCCCUAAUUACCCCUGAGGUACUCGCUGUGCAUGGGUUUGUGGAUGUCGCAAACCUAUUCAGUGAAGGUGCUAGGUCUAGCACGCAUAGGCAAAUGUGCUUUGAUGAGCGACCACCAGUAGCUCCACCUCACAGCUCGUCACAAAGAGAGCGAGGAUCUUGCUCGGUUUCACAGCCACACGACGAGCGUAGAGUUGAAACCAUUUCUGCUGACUCUCGGAGGCGUGCUCGCAAAGAUUUCGACAUUGAGGAUGACGUGCCACUGAUUCAGCGUAGAUUGAAUUUUGGGACUCAAUUUGGUGCAGUAGUUCACUUAACGCGUGCACUGCCCAGGCACAUGACACAGUUGAGCUCAGAGAUGGCCAACAAGGCUGCAUCAGCCAAGAGCCGGGCUGAUGAGUUGGCCAACAAAGUUAACCGGCUAAAGGAGGAACUGGAGAAGGCUCAGGCCGAAAAGGAGAGCGGGAUCCAAGCGACAAUGGAUGAGGCCAUUUGUGCUGUGGAUCACGCUAAGAGGGCAGAAGCUGACCGGGACAACGCUCUCAACGAGCUUAACGCUUUUAGACAACGGGUGGCAGUGGCUGAUCAAAAUCUUGCCCACGCGGAGGAGGGGCUAAGGAACACUAAAACUUCACAUCAGCGAUACAUAAGCAUCGCCCAAGCUCAAGGAGCAAAGUGGCUGGUUGGUGCUGAUAUGUUCAAGGAUGUCAUGGCUGUGGCUUCCAUGAACACCACAAUGGAGAUCUACAAUGAUGGCGAAGAGUUUAACGAGGAGGGUAAAAGCCUUGCUUCCCCCGUUGAUACUAUUGUGCGGCUUAGGUGGGAGUUAAACGAAGAUGGAGUGCCUAUAUGGCCUCCAUCUGUUUUGGAAGAGGGGGAGGAUUUUAAGAACCUGCCCAGGUUCGACUCCUGGGUGGGGGACGCACCUAAGGAGGAAGCUGAACACUCAAGCACUCCACCCGCACCUCAACCCAUCACUACUGCUACUGUUCCUUCUCCAGCUCGUGCUGACACAUCUAUUCCCAUUGAUUUAACGUAUGAUUGGGAUUUAAGCUUUAUCUUUUUCUUUUGAAUUUUUGGUGUUAAUAUUUCCAUGUCUAAUAUAAAUUUUUGUAUUUGCUCUUAUAUCACAUGUAACAACUUGUAAGAAAUACAACUAGACAAUCUUUUGGAAUGUUUCGUGUAUUAUUUAUGUUGUAUUCAUAUAUUUUUCGUUCUCUCAGCAUGUCAAGUAAUAAUACAAAUUAACUGUA